AUGUUGACAACAAAAGCGUGUGGAUUGGGUUUGCUUCUUAUCUCACAUUGCGUUUAUGGUAGGUUGAACAUGUUGGAUGAUGGUACCUCUGGCAGCAACAAGAUACGGAUCUCAAAGCAAGAAUGCUGUAUGGUUGGCUCAAUGGUAUGCAUGGUAUUGGAUCUACAAAGCGAAACCUGUGAAUUAACGAACCUUACAGUGAAACAGCAGCAAGACAACAUGGAUGGCAUGGAGAUACGGGACGUCAUUGUACUACACUUUCCUGUGGAGCUCUACAUGUUGUGCCCGGGGACAGUGCGACUCAUGUUGCGGCCUCAGGGAUUUAAAAAUGCAUCCUCUGUUCGCACGGCUCCAUCGUUUUACGGCUAUUGA